AUGGCAGGCACAAAGGCUCGUCCACCACCAGACUCGAGCCUGUCGCACCAGGACCGCGACAAGCUCGCCGUCGUCAUCCACGACCUCGCGCCUCCGCUCAUCCUCGACCAGCCCCUGUCGACCCCACUCGCACCCGGCCCGACCCUCCGCCGAGCCCUCGCACCCGACGCCCCGCUCGCGUCCGUCUCGACCCUGCGCGCCUGCAUCAGCGAGGCGUCCACCUCGGCCCUCCUCGCCUCGGCACUCGACUUUGCCAACAACGACCUCGACUCGGCGAGGCUCCUCAACGACACGGACGACUUUCAGCGCACCGUCGAGCGCCUCUUGGACCAGCUCGACCACCACCACGAUGAUGCGCCUUCGUCGCCCAAGCGCGUAAAGCGCGACGACGACGCCGACACCCAGCCGCCGACCAAGACGCGCCGCUACAUGCUGCACCGCACCCUCGCGACGGGCGUCGACCUCUUCACCUCGUCAGCCAUCCUCUCGGACGCAGAACUCGAAACCCUUGCAGCACUCGACGACACGGACCUCGUCGCCGUACACCCUUCCGUGCCCUCACCUUCUUCCGCACCGCCCAUCCCCUCACUCGGCGACGCCUCGCCCGCACCUCCUGCGCCGGCAUUCCCGCCGCACGUUCCGCCAGCAGCUCGGGCAGGGCGCGCACCGGGCCUGCGCCUCGAGCGCCUCGAGCCGACGUCAGCCACCCACCCCUCUCGCCAGCCGACCGCCCUCCUCUCGUACCCCUCGCCCUUCCUCUCGUCCCUCGCCCCGACACACGACUCGACGUGCGCCACCGAGCCCUACACGCGCACGGCCUCGCGCGCACUCGGCGCGCUCCGCGCCCGCAGGGCCGAGGAGCGCCUCGCGGCGGGCCGCGAGGGCGGCCUCACGCGCGACGAGCGCGACGCGCUCAGCGGGGUCGGGAUCGACGUCGACGGGGUCGUGCGGGUCCUGGAGGGAGAGGAGGUGGCGGAGGAGGGCGUCGAGGCGAGGCUGGGCCGCAACGCCGAGCUCAUUGCGCAGGUCGGCCGGGCGCAGGUCGUGCGGCUGCGGCGGGCGGCGAGGGCGCGGCCGGCACUGGCGGCGGCGGCGGGCGGUGCGGCGCGUGCCGAUGCGGGAGAAGAGGCGAGGAAGGAGGAGCAGGAGGACGAGGAGGAGGGCUUGACCAAGGCGGGCAGGCAGGAAAAGGAGGACGCUGCCGCGCUCCUCUCGUCGCUCACGUCCCUCCUCUCGGCCCACUCGUCGACCCGCACCCUCGCCUCCUCCUCUUGCUCCUCCGCCCUCGACUCGGCGUCCAAGACCCCGUCGCUCCUCCCGCCCCGCACCACCCUCCGCACCCUCACGCCGCUCCUCCUCGCGGCGCGCACGAGCCCGGGCGACGCGGCCUACGCCGGCACGCUCGACGAGGUCAACUACCGCGCGCUCCGCGAGGGACAGCUCGCUGGUGCGCCGGCGGGCGAGGGUGCGGCGGACGAGCACGUCGCGGACUUGAAGGUGGAGGGCUGAGAGGGCGAGGCGGUACAGCGGGCGGUGGGGCAAUGCAGUUACU